GUGUGUACCGGGCCCUGGGGCUAUAGCAGCGGCGGCGGCAGCAGGGGCUGAAUCGGGUCGUUAUACCUCCCUCCUCGACUGUCAGGUGAGAGGCGUGACUGUGGGCGGGAGCUGCGCUUUGUUCUUACAACACCUGAGUGACACAGUGUGAAGCUGAGAGCUGGAGGGGGGGGAGUCUGUCUGUGCCGAGGAGGAGGACUACCCGGAGUAACUCACACUCAUCACGGGGACGGGUCCUGAUCACCCGGACCAAACGUCAUGGACCGUAAAUAACUCUCUGGAGAUUCGAUCGCGAGGAAAACGCGCGUGGACAGUGGGGUCAGAGUGGUUCCAGUAGUUACCGGAGGAGAUCUCCGGGGGCCAUGGCGCGCUCUCAGAUCCAGUGUCUGGACGAUCACCACGUCAACUGGCGCGUGAGCGAGAGCAAGCCGGAAUUCUUCUACAGCGAGAACCAGCGGCUGGCGAUUGAGGAGCUCAUCAACAAGGGCCGUGAGGCGUUCACGGACUAUGUUCGCGAAAAUGACGUGCGGGAGUUCCUCUCUGACCCGGAGCUGGAGUGGAUCGCGCACACGGCAGAGGCCUAUCGGCCCGGGCACGAGCAUCAUCAAAAACCGGACACGCCACUCACGCCAGGCCCGGGGAACAUCACCCCGGGCUCAGGGGAGGAGGCCGGCGACGGCGAGGUGUCCCUACAGUACUGGCCAGACCGGUCUGAGGCGUCAGUGGUGGAGCUGGACCUGGGCUGGCCCGAGGCCAUCUCCUACCGCGGGGUGACGCGCGUGACCGUGUACACGCAGCCUCCGACGGAUGGACACACGCACAUCAAGGAGGUGGUGCGGAAGAGCAUCGCAGGAGCCCAGAAGGUAAUCGCUGUGGUGAUGGACGUGUUUACAGACGUGGAUAUCUUUCGAGACCUGCUCGAUGCUGCGUACAAACGCAAAGUUCCUGUGUACAUAAUCAUUGACAUGGCGGCGGUCCCCUGCUUUCUUUCCAUGUGUGGCAGAGCUGAUAUGCACCGUGGACAUCUAAAGAAUCUGCGUGUGCGCUGCUGCGGAGGCGUGGAGUUCUUCACUCGGUCUGCACAGAAGGUGCGUGGGGUGCUGAGUCAGAAGUUCCUCCUGGUAGAUGGAGACAGAGCCAUCUCAGGUUCAUACAGCUUCACCUGGUCCUCCUCUCGUUUGGACCGCAAUCUCAUCACUGUGAUCACGGGACAGGCAGUGGAGACGUUUGACCUGCAGUUUCGUGACCUUUACCUCACGUCCAGAGGUGUGUCUCUCAACAAAGUUCCCAUGGUCGACGAACCGAUCCCUGACCCGGUGCCCCAGGCGGCUCCUGCUCCUGUGUCAGCUGCUAUUGCCAGGAAACUCAUCAAUCCUAAAUACGCCCUGGUUACCGCAGGAGCCUCCAAUCCGGCUCUGUCGGACCAGAACUCCAAGACCUCAAACUCUCAAAAUCCCCUUGGGUUGAAAACAACGAAAGGGCGUCUUAAACAUGUUAUGGAAGAACCAGCCCUACACCCAGGAUUAGCCUAUUUGGAGAAAGCUAAUCUGAUCCCAUACUUGCCCACAUGGCCGGAGCCAGAUCCACCCAGUGAUGUGAUUGGCUUCAUCAACAUCAGGGAUGAAAAACGGGCCAAUCAAGUUCACCUGCAGAGGUCAGAGAGGUUUGAAGUAAGCCAGGCCAUACGCUUUAGGUCACCAUUGAUUCAAGCUCCUGCUUCAAACACUGCAGAAACUGACAAUCCCUCUGGGAAUACAAGUCCAGGCCCCUCUACACCUGUGAGUGCAACCAGCAAACAAACUGAAGAGAAAACAAACAAAGCUCUAAAUAUAGACCAGACAGACUCCAGUAGGGCGGAUCUGCAGCCCCAGUCACAAGACACGCAUGUCAAAAUAGAAGACAUACCCAAAUCAUUACCCACUGCUACUGCUGAUUCACAACCAAAGGAAAAACAACCACCAGGGACACAAGCGCCUGCACCUCCCGUUCCUAAACGUCGCACGCUGCAAUUGGUCAUCGACUCCGCCCCCUUGGAGCAGCCUGGCCAACCACAGGUGACUCUGAUGAAAAUGGACCAACCACAAAGUCCAGACGAGUCUUCCGGCAUUGACAGAAAACAGGAGGAACUGGCUUUACGUCGGCUGCGUCUGACAUCGAGGGACAUCGGCGGAGACUCUGGCAGCAACGACGAGGGAAGCCAGGACAGCACCAAGGUCAUCUGUGACCGAGCGGCCAAUGACGACCCUUCAAGCACCUCAACAGUGUCAGAGGAGGAGUUCUAUGACACCCAGCAGGAUCCAAGUGAUAUGCUGACAAACGGAGUGACGACCGGCUCGGGUCGCGGGAACCGGCAUGCGGACGGGGUCAACAUGAUGGCCCGCCUCUCCCAGAGCAUGCUGGACUUACGGGAGCCUAACCAAUCAGAAGACAGCCUUGCCCUCCUCCGCCAAUCAAGGGAGCUUCGCAGACAACCUCACGCGUCACCGCACAGGCACAUAGGACAGCUGUUCAAGAUGUCGAGAUCCCCACAACGUGAUGCAAGACUGCAAGGGAACAAACAGGAAAAUUACCAACGGCCCAAACAAGCAGUUGGCCCCGUGAUUGUAGGACACCGUUACUGGCCUGAUUCGGCCCAGCUGCGUUCAGACACGCGGUCUGGCCGCUCGCCACAACGCUACAACCAGGACAGCGGGAAGAUGGACCACGGCUUGACACAGCCCCCAACCAACCCAACAGGGCUACUAGGGGUUUCUUUAUCAAAACUGAACAGUUUCAGGCAUUUGAGGGCAAGGGGAGGUGUGGCACAGAAGAAGGUGUCUCAGAAUAACAAGGCUGCGAGGUAGAACUGUGGACUAAAUGUUCAUUAGCGUUUGUUUAUGCAGACUUCCUGUUUUAAGAAACUGGUGACUCCCCUACGUGGAAUCUUUUCUAUCUCAGGCAUUCAUGUCAUUUCCGCUUUGCAAACCCUGGGGCUCAGCGUAAAGAGGGCUAUUUAAUUAUGUCUUAGUCAACAGGAAUUGUCACGUCAAUUUGCUGAUGUGUUUUUAAGAGGUUUUUUAUCGUAUCAUAUCGUAUCAUCACUUUACAAAGAAAUGCUUCCUUGUUCAGUGGUUUCUGACUCAUAAUGAAUAUUAGAUACAGAUACAGCUUUGUAUGUACUGGCUAAGGUUUCCACUGGAAAGCAGGGUAUUUUGCAGAUAAUGAAAGUCACCGUAAUAAUUUUGCCACAAAAUAAGACGCUUCACUCUUGUGACAAAAAAAGCCUUUGAGCAAAAUACUCUAAUUUACCUCAGGUUUUAUUUUUCUGAAUUCUACACUGUAAAAUGUUAGACAUAAUAUACAUGAUGCAUGAUCAGCUGGUUAUGGAGUCAGACUCUUGUGCUGAUGCCACUGUGGUUACUGAUGGACUAAGGGGUUAGAGUAGUGCUUGGAUUGCUUUGUGUCACUGUUUUCUUGUGCAGAUGUAAAGAGCAGCUGAUAAAUGCAAUGCUUAAUUAACACUGACCUGGGGCCAAACAUGAAUGUUGUAAAUAAAAAAGGACAGAUUGUU